CCAUCCUGGGUUUAUCUUUCCUUCUCUCCUGGCUGUGUCUCUGUCAGUCUGCACACUUUGCCCUCACCUGGAACAGCCCCCCCGUACUAUGCCUCCCCUGCCCCCCUAUACCCCUGCACCCCCCAGCCCACUCUGAGAAGCUGCCCCCUCCCAGCCACAUCCUGUCCCUGCAGCCUCAGGCUGUCUCGUGUCUCUGGCGGUGGCCAUGCCGUUUGGCUGUAUCAGUGCCCGCAAUGAUAAAACCUAUAACUGUUUCUCAGACAUCACAGACAAGUAUGAGCUCGGGCAGCUCCUGUGCGCGAAGGAGUUCUGUGAGAUCUGUCUCGCCCGAGAGAUGCAGACAGAUCGUCUGUUUGUCUGUAAAAAGUUCUUGAAGAAAGAUGGACGGAAAGUGAGGAGAGCAGCGAAAAACGAGAUCAUGAUCCUGAAAAUGGUAAACCAUCCAAACAUCCUCCAGCUGAUCGAUACGUUUGAAACAAAGAAAGAGUUUUAUAUCAUUCAGGAGCUGGCCACUGGUGGCGAUGUGUUUGAGUGGAUCCUGGAGCAGGGAUAUUACUCAGAGAAGGAUGCCAGUAAUGUUAUACGACAGGUUUUAGAAGCGGUUUCUUACCUGCACAGUUUGCACAUCGUUCACCGCAACCUAAAGCUGGAGAACUUGAUGUAUUACAAUCAGAAUAAUCACUCGAAGGUCGUCCUGCGAGAUUUCUAUCUGUCCUGCUUUGAGAGCGGAGAGAUCACAGAGCCCUGUGGGACCCCCGAAUACCUCGCUCCGGAGGUGGUGUCGCGGCACCGAUACGGGCGUCCCGUGGAUUGCUGGGCAGUGGGUGUUGUGACGUAUAUUCUGCUCUCUGGAAACCCCCCAUUCUACGACGAAAAUGAAGAGGAAAACAACGAAAGCCAUAACCGGAAAAUCUUUCGCAAGAUCCUGGCUGGCGAGUACGAGUUUGAUUCGCCAUACUGGGACGUUAUCUCUGCCUCAGCCAAGGAUCUUAUAUCGCGACUGAUGGAGAUGGACCAGGAGCUAAGAAUCACAGCGCAGGAUGCACUGAGCCAUAUCUGGAUAUCGGGGAACGCAGCCUCCGAGAGGAAUCUCAAAGAUGGAGUCUGUGCACAGAUAGAGAAGAAUUUCGCUAAAGCCAAGUGGAGGAAAGCCAUUCGAGUUACCACCUUCAUGCAGCGUUUGAGGGCCCCAGAGACGAGCGCUGGCCGCCUCCCCGUCACCCCACGGUCCUCUAUGAGUAUGUCCCAUGAAGUCACCGUGGAAGCCUGUCCUCCAUCUCCAACAGCUUCUCCGUCUCCAACAAAACACAGUCCCCAGAGACUGCUGGAACCGUCCGAGAGUCAGGGACAGAUAACCGGACAGCAAGAGCAUGGUGGAACUUAAUGGCCAACCUGGCAUAUGCUCCAGAGCGGGGCCUGUAGAGGUGGAGCUGGACCCACUACCCUAGAUUUCACCAUUUGGGUGAUUUCAGAGCUGGAACCGGGAAGUGGGUGAAGGUAAAGCAGGCCGGGGAGAAGGCAGACCACCAGGAAUCUAUGGGAUUCGUGGGAGGGGGGGGGGGGUUAUUAACUGAUGCACUGACCACAGUGACUGGCCAUGCCAGUGCUAGGAAUGUAGCCACAUAGUCCCUGGCAAGGAGCCAGCCAAGCCAUUCUCCAGCCAUUUCUGACUGCUCCCAGGUCAGGCAAUCAAUGCAUGAGAUCUGCAUGUUUACAUGGUGUAACCCUUACUCUGUUACAGAGGCCGGUACCCUGAGAGGCCAGGGGUUAAACCAAAUAAAAGCAAAUUACAUAAUGUGUGAGUCGUUACAGCUUCCAACACAUACUGAGAUGUCAUCUGCCACCACUCCAACAGCCUUCCCUGG